CGCGAGUUGAUCUUCCGGUAGGCCACACGGAGGAAAGAAAGGCAGGCAGCAUGGCAGCGGCAGACAGCACAGUGUCUAAUGGACAAAAAACGGAUUCCCUUAACGGCGAGCCUGCUAUCAAAAGAUCACGGGAGAGUGCACAGGUUGAGUCGCUGCGGAUACCGAAAGAACCUCGUAAUAAAGUUACGGUGGUUCUCGGGGCUCAAUGGGGUGAUGAGGGAAAGGGGAAAGUGGUUGACCUGCUAGCCAUGGAUGCGGACAUUGUAUGCAGGUGCCAGGGGGGCAACAAUGCAGGACAUACAGUUGUUGUGGACUCUGUGGAAUAUGACUUUCACUUGCUGCCCAGCGGAGUACUGAACAAAAAGGCUGUAUCGUUCAUUGGUAACGGUGUUGUAAUACAUCUGCCUGGACUUUUUGAGGAAGCUGAAAAAAACUCCAAGAAAGGCAAAGGCCUUCAGGGAUGGGAGGACAGGUUAAAGAUUUCAGACCGAGCUCAUAUCGUGUUUAACUUCCAUCAAGCUGUAGAUGGCAUCCAGGAACAGCAAAGACAGCUCCAGGCGGGAAAAAAUUUGGGAACCACCAAAAAGGGCAUCGGCCCAGCUUACUCCUCCAAAGCUGCUCGCAAUGGGCUGCGUGUCUGUGACCUUGUGUCCGAUUUCACGGUGUUCGAAGAAAAGUUCCGUGUGUUGGCAGACCAUUUUCUUAGCAUGUACCCAAACCUCAACGUUGAUAUUGACAGCGAGCUUCAACAGCUCAAGGUCUAUGCUGAAAGGUUGCGCCCUCUGGUGACUGACGGGGUGUACUUCAUGCACAAGUCCCUAACUGGACCCAGCAAGAAGAUCCUGGUAGAGGGAGCCAAUGCAGCCCUGCUGGACAUAGACUUCGGGACGUACCCCUUCGUGACGUCGUCCAACUGCACCGUGGGGGGCGUGUGCACCGGCCUGGGCGUGCCCCCCUCCUACGUGGGCAGAGUGUACGGCGUGGUCAAGGCCUACACCACCCGAGUGGGCGUAGGAGCUUUCCCAACUGAGCAGGAUAACGAGACAGGAUCCCUGCUGCAGAGCAGGGGGAGGGAGGUGGGCGUAACCACAGGCAGAAAGAGACGAUGUGGUUGGCUGGAUCUGAUUCUGGUCAGAUACGCUCACAUGGUGAACGGCUUCACUGCUAUUGCUCUGACCAAGCUGGACAUCCUGGAUACGCUGCCUGAGAUCAAAGUAGGCGUGGCCUACACUGUUGACGACCAGCCUCUUCCUAGCUUCCCUGCCAACAUGGACGUGUUGACGCGGGUGUCGGUGAAGUACGAGACCCUUCCUGGCUGGUGCUGCAGCACGGAGGAGGUGAGGAGCUUCCAGGGGCUUCCCCCCCAGGCUCAGGGCUAUAUCCGCUUCAUCGAGGAAUUCCUCCAGGUGCCAGUGAAGUGGGUCGGAGUGGGGAAGUCCAGGGAGAGCAUGAUCAAGCUGUUCUGAUUGGCUCUGGGUUCAGGAACUGGCGAUUUGCUCGAGCUGCUUGGAACAGGAAGGACUGAACCCAGCGUGGAUUUUCAAAAACCCGACAUCUGUCCUUAGAUAACCAUCACCAGCAAAGUUGUGUGUGGAAUGUUUAGGGAGCCGUUUAUGGUCCAAUUUAAAUAUACCAUAUUUGUAACCUGCAUUCCAUAUCUCUUUUUUCCCCCUAAUGGGGCAUGUUAAGAGCUAAAUUGGCUCUGUUUUUGAGAUGAUAUAUCAUUGUAGCUUAUGUAAGGCAGCUGAUGCACUGGGAAUUUUCUGACCUCAUGAGUUACUCUUGUUUUUGAAAUUAUAGACAACAUUUUGGUCACAGCUUAAAAAUGCAGUCUUUAAUGUUUCGAUGAAGCAGUCCCAGGUGUUUGCAGUUGUGUGUAGCUCCGGAGUAUAUCACAACCAAAAAUAAUCCACUUGCUUUCUCUGCUUUGCUUUUUGAGGAUAAACAAGGUUGUUCAUGGUUUAAAGGGAUACAAAGUUAAAUGCACCUCGUCAGGCCUGGCGUCGAUCUUUCCCAAUGAUUUCUAUAACUUGCAAAUAGCUUCUAAUAUGAUUAUACAACUGCAUGAUUUUUGUUUUGUUUCAAAUGUUCUAGUUUUAGAUCUUAAAUGGCCUCACAAUGUAGAUUUUAUUCCCCCACAAAUGUUGCUUACCAUGACAUGCAGAAUCGAAUCCUCUUGAUUUGAGGUGCUUUGAUGGACUUGGUUGUGGUAAAAAAAAAAGUUGUUUUGGCAAGGUGGAUGAUGCAAAAGGGAUCAUGUCUUAAAGCCUUAGCUUAAUAUUGGAUCAAGAAUGUUUAGUGCACAAAAACACAUUGACCUGUGUUUAAAACAAUUAAACUUAAAAAUGUAUAAAUAAUUUGGAGUGGUCUUCCACAUAGUCAAUGUAUAUAGGCUUCAUUUACACUACUGUUGUCUAACAUUCCAUUCAUUGUGUCAAUAAAGUUUAAAAAAAACUUUACUCAGCUGUUCCAAAUAUAUAAAUAAAACGUUGGCCAUC